AUGGCGGCCUAUGGAGCUCUGGUUUCUCUUAUGCAUAUCAUAGAUACCCUUGAGAAACAUCCUUCCCCUCCCAUUUCUAUAGACAAAAAACAAGUCCAAUCCCUCACUCAAAACAUUACCUUCUUGCAAGAAUUUCUUGAUAGUUAUAUAUCCCCUGUUGUUGUUGAUGGCUGUGAAGCCGAUCCAUUGGAGCGUCGCAUUGCUGAUGCAGUUUAUGCAGCUGAAGAUGUUAUCGAGUCUCAAAUUGUGGUUCAAAUUGACAAGCGAUCCACAUUCGUUGAAGAUCCAGACUUCUAUCAAGAUCUGCAGAAAGUGAUAGAAGAAAUGGAUCUGAUCAAGAAAGAGGUGGGACAGAUUGCAGUCAAAGAUCAAAAGCCCGUUGCUGACUCGACGUCUUCUUCCACUGUAAAGGAAAACGUGAUGGUGGGGUUUGAAGAAGUGUAUCUUGAAGUUUUAGACAAGCUAACUGGAGAUGAACUCAAUCGCCAAAUCAUCCCCAUCACGGGGAUGGGUGGCAUUGGUAAGACCACUCUCGCCAAAAAUCUGUUUAAAAAUGCCCUUGUUAAGGAGUAUUUUGAUAUCCGUGCUUGGACUACGAUUUCUCAAACUUAUAAUGUUAGAGAAACACUUAGAGAAGUUUAUAUUCAGUCAAGUGGGCAGUCACGUGAUCGGAGUGAGAAUGAAAAAUUGAGCGAAAGUGAAUUGGGAGGACAAUUAUAUAAGUUUUUAUAUGGUAGGAGGUAUCUUGUAACAAUGGAUGAUAUGUGGAGUGUCGAGGUGUGGGAUAAGAUAAAAGUUUUCUUUCCUGAUAACAAAAACGGGAGUCGGAUAAUCGUAACAACUAGGUUGUCAAACUUGAGUUUACAGUUGAAUGAGUCUUAUAGAGUUGGUAUGAAAUUUCUUGACGAGAUUAGUAGUUGGGGAUUGUUUUGUAAGACUGUGUUUGCGAAAGAAAGUUGUCCUCUUGAGUUGGAGAAUAUUGGAAAGAAUAUUGUAGCAAACUGUAAAGGGCUUCCUUUAUCAAUUGCUACGAUAGGAGGUCUUUUGGCAAAAUCUGAGUGCACAAGAGAAUAUUGGGAGCAUAUAGAGCAAAAUUUAAAUUCAAUUAUUUUUAACAGUAAUGAUGAAUUUUGCUUGAAACUAUUGAGGAUGAGCUAUAUCUACCUUCCAAACUAUUUGAAGCCAUGUUUUCUGUAUAUGGGUGUUUUUGAGGAAGAUCGUAGUAUACAGGCAUCAAUGCUCGAGAAGCUAUGGAUUUCUGAAGGAUUUUUAAAACCAAGGGGUGGGAAAUGUUUGGAAACAAUUGCGCACGAGUGCUUGAUGGAGUUGGUUGAUAGAAAUCUCAUUUUAGUUGAUGAGUUGGGGUCCAUUGGAAACGUUAAGUAUUGUAAAAUUCAUGAUAUAUUGAGAGAUUUAUGUUUGAAAGAAGGGGAAAAGGAAAGGUUUUAUCAGGUCAUAGGAAGAGAUGAUCCUCUUUGCAUGAAUGGAGAACGUCGUGUCGUACUUAAAACUAGAAGGUCGUUAAAAAUAUUGGGAUCUUGGUCACAUACUCGUUCCAUAAUAUGUGAUUAUAACGACUAUAAUCAUGAAUAUGAGAGUGAUGCUGCCGGCGAUGAAGAGGGGAGGGAUUCUGACGAUGAUGAAGAGAAGACUAGUGACUAUGAAGAUGAGAGUGGUGAUCACAUUGACGGCGAUAAAAAGGGGAGGGACAAUGACGACAAUGAAGAGGAGAAUGACUAUGAAGAUGAAGAGGAGAGUGAUCACGAAAAAGUUCGACCACCUCACAAUCUUAGAUUGCUGAGGACAUUCAAAGCGUUUGAUGAAAAAACUGGGAUGAGUUGGCUUUUUCUGGAUAAUGUGUUUGAAUCAGUUAACUCACGGUACAUUGCUGUUAGAGUUACUCGUCAGUCCAAAUUCCCAUCCUCGAUUGAUUUACUCUGGAAUCUACACACAUUGAUUAUUAGUUGUUCGUGGGAUAUUAAAGUACCUGUUGAAAUUUGGAGAUUGCAUCAACUUCGGCAUCUCGUGUAUCCCGGGUAUCUCCCAGAUCCUCCUAGCAGCGACAAUGACAUUGUUAUCUUGGAGAAUCUACAAACACUCAAAGCUGUGCUGGCUUUGUGUUUGAAUGAGGAGGUUGUUAAAAGAAUUCCCAAUGUGAAGAAAUUAUCUCUACGCUAUCAUGAACAAGUGGAGGAAGAAAAACGUGUCAGCCAUAUUCAGAGUUUGCCUAAAUUGGAAAACUUAGAUUGCUAUACCAGCUAUGAAGGUCGGGAGUGUUGGCAGUGGAUUAGGUUCCCACACACCCUCAAGAAGUUGUCGGUUGGGUUCGCUUCUCGUAAGGAGGUUGAAAAUAUCAUGUCUGAAAUCGGUUCAUUGCCCCUUCUUGAAAAGCUUGUAUUGAGAGGUGGUUUUUUCAAAGCAGGUAAGUGGGAAACAAUUGAAGGCCAAUUCCCAAACCUCAAGUUUCUACAGUUGGACUGUAAUAAUCUAAAAGAAUGGAUUGUGUCUGACAAAUCCCACUUUCCACUUCUCCAAAAGCUUAGUCUAAUUUUUUUAAGUCAACUGGAGGAGAUUCCAUCAGAAGUUGGAGAAAUAGCAACGCUCAAAUCGAUUGUUAUGACACAUUGCAGUGAAUCAGCAGUGGUGUCGGCUAAAAGGAUAGUAGAAGAACAAGAGGAAUUAUAUGGAGACCAACUAGACCUUCAUGUUGUAGCUGCUAUUAGGAUUGAAGAAGAAGCACUAAAUUUGAUGAGCUUAGCAAAUGCCAACUUUGAAGUUCAAGUGGCAGGGUGGAAAUCUGCUGUCACAGCUUUUGCUACUGCUCAAACUGCAGAGAUCCUACAAUGUGGUGUUGUUCCUGUUGUUGUGAUUAGUCUUGAUGCUCAAGAUGGAUUCCCUACUAAGGGGGAGUUUUGA